AGGGGCUAGACAUCCCCAAUUUAACCGUAUGCUACAGGAGUAUCUGAAGAUUCACCAUCCACCGGUAGUAGUGUUGCUUGAAACUAGGGUUAGUGGUUUGAGAGCGAACAAGGUGAUUAAGAAAUCCAGCUUUAAUUGGUCUCAUAGAGUGGAAGCUAAAGGUUUUUCUAGUGGGAUUUGGAUUCAUUGGGAUGAAUCAGUGCGCGUCGAGGUUCUAUGUAAUCAUAGCCAGUUUGUGCAUUUUGCAAGAGUUUCGAAUUCGUUGCAGCAACGAGUUUUAUAUGCUGCAGUUUAUGGUAGUUCGAAUAGCCGGAAAUAGAGAUCCCUGUGGACGGGACUGAAUGCAGUAGCACAGGGUAUAGUUGAACCAUGGGUACUUUUGGGUGAUUUUAAUGCUUUGUUGCAUACGGAUGAGAAGCAGGGUGGGUUGGUGAGUCGUGUGGCAACUUGCAAACGCUUUCAAACCUUUCUAUUUGACAACAAUCUUAAGGAUUUGGGGUUCAAAGGACCUAAGUUUACAUGGUGUCAAGGUCGGGUUCACGAGCUGCUCGACCGAGUUCUUUAUAAUGCAUCAUGGGAACGACGAUAUCAGUUUUCUUCUGUGUAUCAUCUCCAGCGCAUUAAAUUUGAUCAUUGGCCUCUCCUUUUAGUGUUGAAUGACUCUUGUCGACCCAGUGGGACUGAGACGUUUAAGGUUUUUUUUUUUCUGGUUGGUUAUUUCACAGUGGCUUGAUACGUUGGUUAAGAUGUGUUGGGAUGACAAUUACUCGCUUGUUGAAUUGGUCCAACAGUUUGUGGUUGAUGCGUCGGAUUAGAAUGGGAAAGUUUUUGGUAGUAUUGGUAGGCGAAAAAGGGAAUUGAUGGCUCGAUUACGAGGUUUGCAAGCAGCUAGGAUGUUUACAGGAUGCUGGGAUCUAUGUUGCUAUUGUUUUUGAGAGUCGGAGGCGAACGGGGACUGGAAAUUUGCGAUGGCGCUGUCUGGAGCUAGGAUGGGUGAAGACGAAUGUUGACGGGUUGUGUCGGAAAGAACUUGUCAGGCAAGGACUGGGGCCUGUUCCGGAACUAUUAUGAGAGCUGGGAUGUCGGGUUCUCCAAGAAGAUUGGAAUGACGUCGGUGCUCCACUCAGAGCUGUGGAUGGUGUUAGAUGGAUUAAAGGUGCCUUGGGCUAAGGGAUUCUGAUAGGUGGUUAGGGAGAGUGAUAAUAUUGAGGCCUUACAAUUACUAUGCAGAGGAUCGAGAGGGGAACAUGUAUGCUCGCUUGUUCGAUAGAUUAUGGGGAUGCUUUAGUGACACUGGACUGUCAAGCUAGAGAAGUUGCCGAGAGCUUGUAAUAUUGCUGCAAAUUUUAUGGCUAAGUGGGUACAGGGUGCUGGUGAUGGUUUGCAUUUGGUGAAGAGACCGUCAGGGAGCUGCUGGAGGUCGUUGCUUUCUGACUUAGUCAUGGCUGUUGGAGUUGAUAUAGUUGAAUAGUAGAAUUUUAGAGUUUCUCAAUAUUUUCCAUUAAAAAAAAGUUUAGACAGCUCGAUUACAAAUACAUUGAUUAUUAAGAUCUAAAACAUCUAUUCAACAAAAAAAUUCAUGAUAAAAACACGUGUGACUUUGAAACUUUUUCAUAUCGAGAAACCCUUACUGUUGUCCUAAGGUAAGAAGCACACCACCAAUCACUGUCCCCAACCCUUUUUGUUAGUGAGUGGCAUAAAACCGUAAAUAUGAUCAUGAAUCAAGGGCCUUAUCUCAACCCUCCCAUCUCCUUCCAUCCUCCCCAACCUGCUUCCAUUGCGUCUCAAUCGCUUCACAUUAAUUAAUUAUUUAUUAAGCCCAGAAUUUCACUUUAAAUUUUGUUUCAUUAUAAAUUAUGUUUUUUUUUUUAAAUUCUUUAACCUAAGUUUUAAUUUCUCUUCCUGAGUUUCUCUAUAUAUUUAAUUUUAUAAUAUUCUGUUGCAUUUCUUGUUUUUAUUUUUCCCAUUUUGGGGGAGAUUUUGUGGUAAUUUGUUAUGCAAAACGAAUGGCGAAUUCGAAUCACCAGCCAACAUCAAUGUACGGUUCAGGUGCAGCGAACAUGCAACGGAACAUUGACGAAGAAGAAGACGAUGACGUUCCAGUUGGAGCCGGAGGAGGAGGGGAAGAGUCCGUGGAUAACCCUCAGAUUGGAUUUCAAGAAAACGGUGCCGUUGUUGCGGUUAUGAAUAAUGGCAUGGACGAAGCUUCUCAUGCCCACGUUUAUGGUCAAGGAUCUGAUUCAACCUCUGCUCCUGGUAAUGGUGGCGCUGAUCAGCUCACCCUAUCGUUUCAAGGGGAGGUUUAUGUAUUUGAUUCCGUUUCUCCUGACAAGGUACAGGCGGUGUUGUUACUUCUAGGUGGAUAUGAAAUCCCUUCAGGCAUUCCUGCAAUGGGGACAGUCUCUGUUACUCAAAGGGGCUUGAAUGACUUUCCUGGGAGGUCAAUUCAGCCACAGAGAGCUGCUUCUUUAAACCGGUUCCGGGAGAAGAGAAAAGAGCGGUGCUUUGAGAAGAAAAUCCGCUAUACCGUGCGGAAAGAAGUGGCCCUCAGGAUGCAACGUAAGAAGGGUCAAUUCACAUCAUCCAAGGCAAUUUCUGAAGAAGUAGCCUCAGCCUCUUCAGGAUGGAGCGGAACACCAGGUUCUGGGCAAGAUGAGAACAUGCAAGAAGUUUUAUGUACACACUGUGGAAUCAGCUCUAAGAGAACUCCUAUGAUGCGUCGUGGACCUGCUGGUCCAAGGACACUUUGCAAUGCAUGUGGACUCAAGUGGGCAAAUAAGGGUGUUUUGAGAGACCUUUCAAAGGUUUCUACAGUAGUAAUCCCGGAUCCAACUGUAAAGACUGCUGAGCAGAGUGAUGCUGAAGCUAACGAGUCAGAGGCUGUAACUGUAACUACAGAUGUUGUAUCUUCGUCUAAUGGAGAUAACUCCACUGUUACUGCUGAAAGAUGAUUAACAAGAUCCUUAUGCUAUGGUGAGUGCUAUGUUACUUGAUGUUUAAAAGGGCACAUGUCAAACUUUGUUGUAAUAACUGAGUUCGUUUGACAACUGUAUAUAUGGUGCAUUGCCGAUCAUUAUGUAACUGCAGAAUUGCAAAAUACAGCCUAUUUGGUGUCAGUAGGAAGAUUAGAAAUAAUCUUCAAUAUGCGUCGAAACCAGAGCUUGUUUUGACAGAUUCCUUACCUUUCCUUGUAAAAAAGUGGAAAUAUUGAGAUGAGCUUGAACACAAGCAGCAGGGAAAAGAGGCACUUUCACUUCCUCACCGAAUGUCCCAAGUCUUGAGGCUGCAAUUCCUAAAGAAUGUCUGCUUAGCUACUUUCUUAUUAUUCUCAGUUCUGCCUCCUGAUUGUUCUGUUGUCUCAUAUGUGUUUUGCCUGUACACUUUUGUACGUUUCGAAAUACAUGCACUGGAUGUGUAGUAUGUGUUGGUUGUGAUUUCAUAUCGUGUUUAAACCGGUCAGGUAAAA